GAGGGAACGGCCUCAGGUUGGGCCAGGGCAGGCUCAGGGUGGAUUUUGGGGAAUAUUUCUUCAUGGAAAGGUUUGUCCAACUCUCAUACAGGCUUCUCAGGGCAGUGGUGGAGUGUUCAAAAAUGUGUAGAUGUAGCACUCAGGGACGUGUUUUAGUGGUGACCCUGGCAGUGCUGGGCUAAUGAUUUGACCUGAUGAUCUUAGAGGGGUUUUCCUACCUUAACAAUUCUGUGAUUUUAAACCUGAAGUUCCUGCAGAACCUUUCCCUCCCAUUCACCUCUGGCUCAGCACCCCCUGAUACCUCAGCCCCCGCUGUCUUCCAGCAGCCCUGAGCCUGGAUGGCUUGAGGAGCUCAGUGAUGGGUAAAUGCUCCACGGACCUGGAGGCCUUGAGGAAGCAUUGCAGGCAGAGAGUACCAUCCUCUCACGAGGCAUCCUCAUCUGUCAGGGGUCUUGGAGCAAUAUUUGUGCUGAUAAAGCCUGGCUGGGAGAGGGUGCAGUUGCUGCAAGUCACAGUGACAGGUACAAGCUGCUGUCACCCCCUGAAGAUGCUGUUGAGGGGAGACACUCUGUGACUUGCGAUUUCCUUGCAACUCCACCUCGUGAUUCCUGCGUGGGCUUGCUGUUCCAAGGUGGGAAUUCUCCUUCCCCAGACCCCCCUUGCAGACCAGCAGCCCUGUCCCCAGGGAGCCAAUGGCCGUGUGGCCCUGCGCAUUAGCCUGGCCUGUCACCUCCCUGAUUCCCUCCUGGCUAAUCCGGGCUCAGCCGGGCUGGGUGAGCAGGGCUCAGCUGCUGAGCAUGGCUGUGCCCACCCCACUGCCCCCCAGCCUGCGCCGGGGCUUGGUGGCCUUCAGUGGCUCCCUCUUCAUCAACAACAGGACGUGGGACAGCGGCACUGCUCACGCCUCCCAGCCAGCUCACAAGGUGCUGUCCAGCCUGCCCCUCCAGGUGAUGCUCUACUUCAACGUCUACUACUUCCCAGUCUGGUGCCUGGCUGAGGGGAUCAUGCUGCACCUGAAGUACCACCUGCUGCCUUGGCACUAUCAGUUCCUGCUGGUCACAGCCUUCCUCAUCCUCUCACUGGCUGAGGGCUCCCGCCUCUACCUGGGCUACCUGGGGAACCUCCAGGAGAAGGUGCCUGAGCUAGCUGGGUUCCUGCUCCUCUCCUUCCUGAUCCAGCUGCCCCUCCUGCUCUUCCUGCUGAUGGACGGGCAGGUCAUCCACCUACCGCUGGAAGUGCCCAUGCACAGCUUGCUCCUGGCCUUCCUCCUCCUCGAGAUUGUGGCUGCCUUCCUGGUACUGAGGACUAUGACCAAGCAGCUGGCGGCACAGUUCCACCUGCGGCAGUUCCAGGAAGGUGGCAGGGGCCGGCUGGAGCCCGGGGGCACAGGGGGACAGGAGACGGGCUGAUGCUGCAUGACCCCCCCCAGCCCACACAGCCGGUGCUGCUAAGGAGCAUUAAACAGUGCUUGAACCCACAGACACUGUUUCUGAGCCUUGUGGGGGCCCCAGAACAGCACCCAGGCACAGCCCCGCUGAUCCCUGCUUUGCACCAGCUGACACAGCCUUGGAAAGGUGGGAGGGAGGGGGCAGCACCUCUGGAACGCUCUGGCUCACCCCAGGGCUGUGCCUGUCCUCGCUGAGCAUCAGCCCUGGCAGGAGGCAGGAAUCAGGGUGCAGGAGCCACCGCACACCCCUAGGAAGUACCAGCCCAGGGCUGCAACUUAAAACUUGGCUCCUAAACCCUCCCUGAGCUUCCCAAGGAGCUUCUGAGAAUCCAGGUGG